AUGUCUGAGAUCACGACGACCAUCGGUGCGCCUACAGGGCUCACGCCGGAGAAGAAACAAGCGAAUCUCGCAGUGGCCGAUAAGUCCAAUAGUGCCAUCGCUUGGAAGUCCAUGAGCAUCCAACAGAAAUGGACCUUCCUGACUAGCAACAUCACCGUCGAACCGAUGAUCGCGUGUUAUGUGAUCCCUAGCGUGCUCUCCUCACUGGCGACGCAGAAUCUUAUUCUCGAAAAGGCAUGUCGAGUGAAUCUGGCUUAUUCAGACGAGGUAUGCUCGGCUCUAUCUGCCAGAAACACCAGCGGCUACGAGGCUGAAGAGACCGCGGUUCAGCAACUGGUGGCGCGUAUGCAGACGUGGAAGACACCCCUACAAAGUGCUCUGCCGACCAUUCUGAUUUUGUUUAUGGGUGCGUGGAGCGAUCGCACCGGCUUGCGAAAGCCUUGCAUGUUGCUGCCGAUCAUCGGCGAAUUCUUCAGCAGCGUUACUCUCAUCGCUUGUACCUACUGGUUCUACGAGCUGCCCAUGGAGUCGGUUGUAUUAGAGGCCUUAUGGCCUGCGUUAACCGGCGGCUGGUUUACUAUGUUUAUGGGCAUCUUUAGUUACAUAGCAGACAUCACGUCCGUGGAAUCGAGAACACUUAGGAUCGGCGCGGCCAACGUUUUCCUAUCCCUUGGUGUACCAAUCGGCAUGGCCCUGUCGGGAAUAUUAUACACGAAGCUGAGUUUUUACGGUGUCUUCAGUAUCUCGAUGGUGUGUUACGUAAUGAGCUUUGUGUACGGAUUAGUGGUUAUUAAGGAGCCGCCGAGGGUACGUGCGGAACGUGCGCGAAAAAAGACUCUUCCAAGUAAGGACAAGAGAAUCUCGGUGUGCGCCUCUAUUCUGGACUUUUUUUCGUUGAGACAUAUAGAGGAGACAUUCCGCGUAGCGUUCAAAAAGGGAGCAAACAAUCGUCAGAAAAGGGUCGUUGUACUCAUGGUUAUUGUUAUGGUUGUCAUCGGGCCUCUUUACGGUGAAAUGGCAGUUCUCUAUCUUUAUAUGCGGUAUCGAUACAAUUGGAAUGAAGUGUCAUUCAGCAUGUUCUCCACGUUUGGCAUGGUAACUAAUCUGAUCGGCACUGCGAUCUCCGUUGGUAUCUUCAGUCACAUCCUCAAAAUAGACGACGCGAUUGUGGGUAUCAUGAGCUGUAUGAGUAAAAUUUUAGCAAGUUUUGUCUACGCGUUCGCCACAAGUGCUUGGAUGGUCUACGUAGCUGCUAUUGUGGAGAUUGUAAAUGGUACAUCUUUCAUUGCCAUGCGAUCAAUAGCGUCCAAGCUGGUACCUACAGAUGAACUCGGUAAAGUCAAUUCGUUGUUUGGCGUGUGCGAGUCCUUAAUGCCACUUGUUUACGGACCUAUGUAUAGCUCUAUUUACGCGGCGACCAUGAAAACGUUCCCCGGAACUUUUUUCAUCGCCGGAGGAUCCAUGACAAUGCCCGCGGUAUUUGCAUUCUUUUGGUUGUAUACGGAGCAUCGAAAAGACCGUAUGCUGAAGGAACAGAAAGAACCCGAAGCUAUGAUCAAUCAUAAGAACGAGGACUCGACAGACCAUAAUUUGAAAAACAUUCAAAUUAUAGACACGCAAAAGAAUACGCAAAAGGCUGAAAUGAUCAAUGGCAUAGAUAAUGCGGCCUUCGAAUCUGAGCAAUUGUGAUCUCACGAUUUACGUGAUCCUUUUUUAAUGAAAUGAAGACAUGAUGCAUUGAUAAUACCUCAUCAAAAAGAAAGGACCAAAGGAGCAUCUCAAGGCCAGUGCCAAUAAUCGAGGAGCUGCUGAUGAAGCAACUAGCAAAUUUAUCUUACGGACAGAUACCAAAGUAACUUCGAAGCAGAUACAUAUAUCAAACAGUUUGUUAAAAUCCGAAGUGUAUAAAGAUUUCGAUAAAUCACAAAGAAAAUUGAUUUUGAAAUUUUUGGUAUUUGUUAGGGAUAUAAACUAUUUGUUAGAGAUAACAAAUAUAUAUAUUCGGAACAGAGUUUAACAGAAUUUGUUUUUAAGUUUGUAAAAUUCUGGAAAAUUUCUCUCGUAAAAAUAAACAAAGAUUUGAAACUACCGCAUGUUUCAAAUAUUGUACAAAUGCAAUUGCUAACAGUUAUCAAUUUUAUAAAGCA